UCUUGCCAGUUACAGUUAACGUUGCUGCGCAUUUCUCAUACUGCAUUCAUUCUCAAUUGCGACGUGUAGGAAGCAACUACAAAUUACUGAACGAAGUUCUGUUUUAUAUCAAAUUUUGUGAUAAACAAACGUUGAAAAUGAUGGAAAGGGUGUGCUGCAUGCGCCUAAGCACCGCCGGCGUCGUCCUCGGAUGGAUUGGUGUUGUGUCCUCUUUUGUGCUGACAAUUCUCUUGUCCACCAUAUUGGGGAACGCCGAUGUGAUUGCUCGCAGCAUUGUGGGCAACAUGACUGAAGACGCAGCGAAAUAUGAUGAAAUUCACAUGGGCUUAAUCGUGUCGUGCAGCGUCUACUUGGGCAUUUUUGUGCUAAAUUUGUUGGCAUCGGCCAUGCUUAUCCUGGGCACAAUGAAGGAACGUCAUCUGAUGCUGUUGCCCUGGCUGAUCAACUCUGGCGUUGGACUCAUAUUAAGCAUUAUAUAUAAUUUCGUCGUAUUGAUCUUAGCGCUGUCCAGUGCCCAGAUCGAUCGUAUUGUUCCUGUGCUGAUAGUCACUUUCAUUGGGCUUGGCUUGCAUAUCUACAUUUAUUGCGGCAUCUAUUCGCUGUUCAAGCAGAUUCAGCGUACACGCGAGCAGCAGCAGCCGCUGAUUAAUCAGUCCCAAGGCGCGAAUGUGCCCGCUCAGGGAAACAGUUAUCCCAGCUAUACCAAAAUCUAAACUCCUUAAUAACGAGCAAGCGAAUGUUGCCGACCGGGAAGCGAUCGGGAAUAUUUGGAAACGAAAAUCAUAUUUAAUGUUUAAUGUUAAAACCCAUAUAUAUAUAUAUAUACAUA